AUGGCCGAUAAGAUUACCGAAUUUCCACCUGGGAAUCCUCAGACCGAUCCCUAUGGUUUUCUUGGCUUCGUCAGGAACCCAGAUGGCUCAGUCGCACGUUUUCUUGAUAUGCCAAAAACCCCCGUCUCAUCAUUCGAUAAGAGUCCAGUUCUCCUUGUUAAGGACAUCCCAGUAAACCAAUCUAAAAACACUUUUGUUCGUAUUUUCCUACCCCGGAAAGCAAUUGAAUCCUCUCCAGGCACGAAACUUCCCCUCCUGAUUUUCAUUCAUGGUGGAGGCUUCGUUAUUUGCAGCGCAGCCACGCCUUACUUCGAGAGUUUAUACAACAGUUUUACUGUUGAUAUCCCAGUUGUGAUGGUAUCCAUAGAGUAUCGUCUAGCUCCAGAGCACAGGCUGCCGGCAGCUUAUGAAGAUUGUAUGGAAGUUAUGCAAUGGAUCAAGAGCUCCCAGGAUGAAUGGUUGACAAAAUAUGCUGAUUUAUCAAACAGUUUCCUCAUGGGGAGUAGUGCAGGAGGAAACAUUGCCUAUCAUGUCGGUCUGAGUGCAUCUUCAUGUGCUGAUGAUCUUGAGCCUUUGGAGAUCAAAGGGCUGAUUUUGCACCAACCAUUUUUUGGUGGCACUAAAAGGACAGAAUCAGAGUUGAGGGCUGAUAAUGACAAGAUUUUGCCACCCUGCGUGACUGAUGUCAUGUGGGAGCUAUCAUUGCCGGUUGGCGUUGACCGUGAUCAUGAGUUCUGUAAUCCAUUAUUGAGCAUCAAAUCAGGCCGAUUUGAUCAGAUUAAGGCUUUGGGAUGGAAGAUUUUGGUGACUGGAUAUGAGGGUGAUUCUUUGUUGGAUCAUCAAAUUAAUUUUGUGAAAGCGUUGCAAGAGAAGGGUAUGGCUUUGGUGGCUAAGUUUGCUGAAGGAGGUUAUCACGGCGCUGACACCUUUGAGCUUCCUAGAGUUUAUGCUCUGUGUGAGCUCGUCAAAGAGUUUGUCCAAUCCAUUGUUAAUUAG